AUGGCAGAGUCAGCUCAUAGCUCGCUCGCCAGCGGUGGCCAGCAUGAUGACCAUGCGUCAAAGCCUCACUUUGCUUCUACUGGGCUUGAGAAUCAGGAAGAGGGAAAUGCCCGAGAGGGUGAUUAUGAUGUUGAGACGGUUGAGCGUAUCUACAGAAAGAUUGACCGUCGUAUUAUUCCUGCUUUUUGGGUUCUUUACUUUCUCUGCUCAGCCAUCAGGUCAAACAUUGGAAUCGCUCAAACCAUGAACAAGGACAAGGGUCAUGACCUCAUGACUGUUCUUGGAAUGACUCCAAAGGACGUUUCUACUGCUCUGGCUCUCUUUUACGUGGCCUAUGUCCUCUUUGACUGCCCCUCUAACCUCGUCAUGAGCAAGCUCAGCCCUCGUCUGUGGAUGGCUCGCAUUGUCUUUGCAACCAGUGUUAUUGGCACUUGCUUUGCUGCCGUCAAUGAUCCCUGGAGCGUAAAGCUUUUGCGCUUCUUGCUUGGAGUCGUCAUUGCUGGUAUGUGGCCUGGCAUGGCAUUCUACCUCACCCUCUUCUAUCCUCCUUCGCGUACCGGCCAGCGAAUCGGGUACUACUUUACCGCCUCUCAAGUCUCUGCUGCUGUCGUUGGUCUUGUUUCUGCCGGCUUUCAGCUAAUGGAUGGUGAGAGAGGAAUUGUGGGUUUCCGAUGGAUGUUUAUGGUUUACGGCCUUAUCGGUAUCGUUCUGAGCUUCGUUCUGUUGUGGUGGCUCCCUGAUCGUCCUCUUGCGCCUGGUCAGACUCGACCCAAGACUGGCAUCUUCAAGUUCCUUCCCGCUACUCCCGAGGUUCUUAAGGGACAAGAUGCCGUCAUUCACUACCACGACCUUAAACGCGUCUACCACGCUCGCCCCUGGAACUUCAAGGACCUCGGCCUUGUCCUUAUCGAUUGGCGUUUGUGGCCCUUGACCAUGAUGUACUUCGGUGUUGUCGGCGUUGGAAUAGGCACCCAGAUGUACGGAUCCGUUAUCAUCGCAUCCAUUCGACCUCAGGCCAGCGGUAUCGAAGUGAGCCUGCUAUUCGCGCCCAUCUGGAUUAUGGAUCUCAUCGCAAUUCUCAUUGUGACUCCCAUCUCGGAUCGUUUCCACCGAUCUCGCCCAUACUUCUUCUCUGCUGCCGUUUGUAUCCAGAUUGCUGGUCUUCUUACCACCACACUGGCGACUGGCAACGGCUGGGCUCGAUACGGAGGCCUUCUCAUGGUUGGUUUCGGCCUCGGCCCUACUGUGCCCAUCUGCAUGGCUUGGAGUUCCGAGAUCUUCCAGAAGCGUCAUGGAGAAGUUGGAGUUGCUGCUGCCACUGCUCUUGUCUCUGGUCUCGGCAACUUGGGUAGUGUCAUGACAACCUAUGCUCUCUACACUGGUUGGCCCGAGGACGCCGCUCCUGGUCCCCGCCAGUACCGCAAGAGCAACUACACCAUGAUCGGAAUCUUGUGCAUGAGCAUUAUCAGCUCUUUCCUUAUGAAGGCUCUUCUUGCAUACUUUGGUAACCCAGCCAACAGCAAGCUUCAGUCAGACUCAGCUAGUGAGUUUGAGGAUGGUGCAGCCCGACGAGAGGGUCAGGAGCGCGGUUUCGGAUCUCUUCCCUGGAAGAAGUCGAACCGCACCUAA